AUGGUGCGUAGCCGAUCGACUGACACACGGACAGACAUCACAAUGGCCCCUACCAAGAAGGCAGUUCAUUUCGGUGGCGGCAACAUCGGCCGUGGCUUCGUCGCCGAGUUCCUCCACAACUCUGGCUACGAGGUCGUCUUCGUCGAUGUCAUGGACUCCAUCAUCAACUCCCUCAACGACGCGAAGUCGUACGUCGUCACCGAGAUUGGCGCCGACGGUGAGCGACAAUUCACCAUCGACAACUACCGCGCCAUCAACUCCAAGUACAACAUGCCCGAGGUCGUCAACGAGAUUGCCACCGCCGAGGUCGUCACCUGCGCCGUCGGCCCCAACAUCCUCAAGUUUGUCGCCGAGCCCGUGGCCAAGGCCCUCGAGGCUCGCUCCUCCGACCUUCCGCCGCUUUCCGUCAUUGCUUGCGAGAACAUGAUCAACGCCACGACCGCAUGGAAGGGCCACAUUGAGAGCUACAUCAAGGACAAGCUCAACGCGGAGACACUGAAUGGCAUGGAAAAGCGUGCCCGGUACGCCAAUUCGGCUAUUGACCGAAUUGUGCCCCACCAGGACGAGGGUGCCGGUCUCAACGUCAAGAUCGAGAAGUUCUACGAGUGGUGCGUUGAGCAGAAGCCGUUCGAGAAUGGCGGCAACAAGCCCGCUAUCGAAGGCAUCCACUACGUCGACGACCUCGAGCCGUACAUUGAGCGCAAGCUCUUCACCGUCAACACCUCACACGCUACGGCCGCCUAUUACGGUUACCAAAACAAGAUUCCCUACAUCCACGAGGUCCUCCAGGACAAGAAGCUCCACGACACUGUUCGUGCUGCAGUCAAGGAGACUGCCGCUCUCAUCGUGACCAAGCAUGGAAUCUCCCAGGAAGACCAGGACAAGUACGUCGAGACCAUCAUCUCGCGUAUCUCCAACCCUACACUCAAGGACAAGGUCGAGCGUGUCGGCCGCGCCCCGCUCCGCAAGCUCUCUCGGAAGGAGCGCUUCAUUGGACCCGCUUCCCAGCUGGCCGAGAACAACCUCCCGGUCGACGCUCUCCUCGGUGCUGCUGAGCAAGCUUUCCGGUUCCAGAACGUCGAGGGUGACGAGGAGUCCGUCGAGCUCGCCAAGAUCCUCAAGGAGAAGUCCGCUGAGGAGGCCACAUCCCACAUCACCGGUCUCGAGAAGGAUCACCCGCUGUACGAGCGCGUCGUGGCCGUCGUGAAGAAGGUGCAGGGCGCAUGA